AUGGUUAUUGCAGUACGUGGUUCGAAGCCGGGCAAAAAUGUGCAGCUGACCGAGAAUGAAAUCAAAGGCCUGUGCAUCAAGUCGCGUGAGAUAUUUCUCAGCCAGCCGAUUCUGUUGGAACUCGAAGCUCCUCUAAAAAUUUGCGGCGACGUUCACGGGCAGUAUUAUGAUUUGCUGCGACUCUUUGAAUAUGGUGGCUUCCCGCCAGAGUCCAAUUAUCUCUUUCUGGGCGAUUAUGUCGACAGAGGGAAGCAGUCUCUUGAGACGAUUUGUUUAUUGUUGGCGUACAAAAUAAAGUAUCCGGAGAAUUUCUUUCUGCUCCGUGGCAAUCACGAAUGCGCCUCCAUCAACAGGAUAUAUGGCUUCUAUGAUGAGUGCAAGCGACGUUACAAUAUCAAGUUAUGGAAGACUUUUACGGAUUGUUUCAACUGCUUGCCGGUCGCUGCAAUCAUAGAUGAGAAAAUAUUCUGCUGCCACGGCGGCUUAUCACCAGACCUACAAUCAAUGGAGCAAAUACGCCGUAUCAUGCGUCCCACAGACGUCCCUGAUCAGGGCCUUCUCUGUGAUCUUCUGUGGUCUGAUCCGGACAAGGAUGUUGGGGCGAGAACGAUCGAGGAGUUUCGUUCACGUUUGGCCCUGAAGUUGUGGCGA